UUUAGAAACGACUGAAGCUCCCAGUCAGCUGUGAACGCACCACGAGGCCAGAACACAGAACACUACAGACCUGAAGAGACCUGGACAGAUCUGGACCCGGUCUUCAGAGAUACCUGGACCUGGACCUGGAGAGACCUGGAGAGUCCUGCAGGUUGUGGAGUCAGGGUGACGUCCUGCAGGACUGAGCAGGGACAUGGACGGACUCUGAUGCUGAACCAGCUGGAGAGUCCUGGAGAUCUGGAGAGACCCUGAACCUGAUCUGGUCUCAGGUCUGCUGAUGGAGCCUCGGGCCACCGUAACACCACAAUCAGCGUUACCAUGGAAACACUGCAUCCACCUGACUCUGCUGCUGGUCCAGUUGAUUUUACCUGAGGUCGGAGCUUCCUGUCGGAUCCUCAGGUGUAACUCUGACUUCGUGGCUGCGACGUUGGACCUGGGCAGCAGCAGCAGCAGCAGCAGCAGCGGGGGAGGGGGAGGAGGACCAGGUGGAGGACCAGGUGGAGCAGCAGGUGGAGCAGCUCUCAGCAGGGAGGCAGUGAACGCUGGUUACUGCAGCGCCCUGCGCUCCUACGCCAUGUGCACGAAGCGGAUGGCGCGGGCCUGUCGCGGCGACCUGGCGUACCACUCUGCGGUUCAGGGCAUCGAGGACCUGCUGAUCCAGCACCGCUGCCCCCGGGCGGGGCCCACAGCCCAGCCCCGCCCCCUCCCUCAGGGCACGCUGUCCGGAGACGCCUGCCUCUAUGAGAGGAGCUUCCUCAGCAGGGAGGGCCGGGCGCCGGAGUACCUGCACUGUGGCGUGUUCGGAGACCCGCACGUCCGAACCUUCAACAACGACUUCCAGACGUGUGCUGUGCAGGGGGCGUGGCCCCUUAUAGACAAUGAAUACCUGUUCAUACAGGCCACCAGCUCGCCAACCAGGGGCGGGGUUUAUGGCACAGUGCUUACAAAGGUCACCAUCAUCUUUAAGAACACGCGGCAGUGCUCGGAGCAGCAGCUGUACCAGGCCGAGCUGGACAACGUGCCAGCCGCCUUCGCUGAUGGAUCCGUGUCGAGCGGGGAGCGGCGGGGUCACCACAGUCUGACGGUCCGGACCCAGAGUCCCGGCCGACAGGCGGAGAUCCGGGCGGCGCACAUCGGGACUCUGCUGCUGGUCCGUCAGAGCGGCCGCUCCCUCAGCUUGUCCGUGCGGUCGCCGCGCGGCAUCGUGGAGGCCUUCGGUCCGGAGCAGGACCUGCAGCUGUGCGUGUGGGGCUGCCCCCCCUCCCAGAGACUUGACACGCUCCACCCCCCGCCCCCCCCGCCGGACUCCUCGCCGUCCGCCGCCUUCAGUGCCCAUGCCCACUGCGCCGCGCUGCUUCCCGCCCGAGACGUCUACUACCAGGCCUGCGUGUUUGACCUGAUCUCCAGCGGAGACCUGAACUCCAGCUCGGCCGCCGUCAGCGCGCUGCAGGAUGCAGCCGCCAUGAUCUCGGAGCGGGAAAGAGUUCACCUGCUGCUGGUCGCCUCCGCAGAGCGGCCUCACCUAACGCUGCUGCUGCUGCCGCUCGGCAUGCUGGGAACUCUGACUAGAGCCUGAAGCGCAGGAAGUCACGGAUGACAUCACUCCACGACAGCUGAGGAGGAAGGAGCACACACCUGUGGUCACGUGAUGUGACGGAGACAGACAGCAGCUCACCUGGUGGAUCAGGAUCAGGUUUAGACCUGAGGACAUUCAAGACCUGUCCUCUCCUCACCUGUCCCUCUCCUCACCUGUCCCUCUCCUCACAUGUCCCUCUCCUCACCUGUCCCUCUCCUCACCUGUCCCUGUCCUCACAUGUCCCUCUCUUCACCUGUCCCUGUCCUCACCUGUCCCUGUCCUCACCUGUCCCUCUCUUCACCUGUCCCUCUCCUCACCUGUCCCUCUCCUCACCUGUCCCUGUCCUCACAUGUCCCUCUCUUCACAUGUCCCUGUCCUCACAUGUCUCUGUCCUCACCUGUCCCUCUCUUCACCUGUCCCGCUCCUCACCUGUCCCUCUCCUCACCUGUCCCUCUCCUCACAUGUCCCUGUCCUCACAUGAGAGUGAUGAUGAUGAUGAUGAACCUUCCUCACAUUAUCAAACUAACACUAAUGGUCGAGUUGACGUGAUGUGUGUAAAUAUAAUAUAGAUCAUGUACGAUGUGUGUAUAUGUUACUGUGAUGUGAUGUCAUUGGGGGUGUGAUGUCAUCGGGGUUGUGAUGUCGUCAGGGGUUCGGGGGGGUUCGGGGGUGCAGCCCACUGAGGACUCAGCUCUUCAGUCUGCAUCUCUGCUGCAGGAUCUGGUACCUGAGCUCUGAGAUCAGGUACUGGUCCAGGGCCUGAUCCUCAAUGGUCCUGGUCUAGACAACCUUCAGGGCGGGGGGGGGGGCAACACACACACACCAUGGACCUCAACCGUUGGUCCUGUUCCGUGCCGGGACCAGUCCUGAGCAGCUGUGGGGAGAACCUGCACCUGAUGGUUCUGGAGCUGGUCCACAAACAGGUGGAGUCUCUGAUCCGGUCCAGACUGUCCCAGUGUCCAUGGCAACCUUCCCCAUCGUUCCCUUCACUUCCACAUGACGGGAACGCGGCGUCAGAUCUUACAGCAAUGCACUCUGGGACUUGUAGUCGACUCCUCUGGACACAGUGUGUGACCUUUGACCUAGUGUAGCUGUGUCUCCUCACCUGUGUGAGCAGUUCAAGUGCAGUGGGACAGCGGAGGUUGAUCAGCUGGUUAAUGAGACACUUUCUAUAGUUAAUGAUGAAUAAUAUAAAGAUAUAAAUCAUGAAUAUCA